AGUCAGCCUUCCUUUCUGCUCAACCCCAGUCACUCUUUCACCCUACCUCGCGAAUAGAUUUCGCGAAACGACAUUCUUUGACACACACACACAGCGCUCGACUUCGGUCCUGUUCUUGACAAGAAAACUCACACAAAAAACCCCCUCGUAAAGAAGAAAAUCUAUCAAAUACGCAUUGAUUGUCGAGCACCAUGCAGUUCACCAGCAAGAUCUCCGUCGCCCUUCUGGCUGCUUUCGCGGCCGUCGGUCAGGCUGACCACAAUGCCCUGCAUCGUCGUCAGCAGGCCGAGAGCAGUGCCAACGCCGUCACCGUCAUCUCCUCCGUCCUGGUGGUCCCUACGCCUGUGCAGACUACUACCGCCGCCGACGCUGCUGCUACCUCCGAUGUUGCGGCUGCUACCUCUGACGUUGCGGCUGCUACCUCGGAAGUUGCCGCUUUCUCCUCGUCCUCGGCCGUCUCUGCCGCCUCUGCUGUCUCUUCGGCCGCUGCCGCCGUUUCGGCCGUUUCGGCCCCUGCGGCCUUCUCGUCUUCUUCGGCCGUCUCGUCCUUUUCCUCCUCCUCCUCUUCCUCUUCCGCCGUCGUUGUUCCUCCUUACCUCUCUUCUAACGCUGUCACCUCCUCCGUGGCGGUGCCUCUGAGCACUGGUGUUGCCGGUGCUACCGGUGCUGCCUCUGCUGGCUCUUCCAGCGCUGGCUCUUCUGGUUCGGACUCGGCCUCGGCCUCGACUGAGACCGUGGUGACUACCACCACCGAGGACGUCACCCUCACCUACACUAUUGGCGCUGGUACCUCGACCACCGUCGUGACCACCACCGUUCACAAGACCUCGACUCUGGUUGAGACCGUGACUGUCACCCCUGAGGCCGCUGGCUCCACAGAGACCUACACUCUCGUCGCCGUCGCCGCUACCACCGGCUCUUCCGCUGCCGCUGCCGCUACCACUGCUGCCGCUACCACUGGCUCUUCCGGCUCUUCCGGCUCCACUGGCUCUUCUAGCAGUGCUGCUGCUGGAAGUGCCGCUGCUUCGGCCGCUGGCUCUUGCGCCCCUGCCGAGACCGUCACCGUGACUGCUACCGUCACUGUGACCGCCGGUGCUGCUUCGGCUACCCCUGUUGUUGACGACGACUCCACCACCUCUACCUCCACCGUGAUCGUCAGUGCCGAGACUACCGCCGCCGCGGCCACCUCUGCUAGCUACAUCCCGACUGCUCUUCCCAGCGUCUCUUCCCGCCCCUACGGCAACGGCACCAAGCCCUGCAGACCCAAGUAUGCUUCUUCCUCGGGCUUCCUGACCAGCAAGCUUCCCCUGUCCACCGGAUAUCCCCUGCACUAAGCGGGAAUAAAAUCCUGGACACGAAGUUUCUGGCGCGGCCGAGUGUGACUACUGCAGAGUAUCUUUAAUCUUUCUUUUCGCGCGAUGCGUGCUGGCAUUGUACCUAUUUAGACGAGAUCUGGUGCUAACAGUGCUUUUUCUUCAUUCUCUUCUUCCAACAUUUUGUGAGACGGAAUCUUCCAGCCUCCGAUGUUGUUUCAUUCUAAUUGAAUCUGUAUGAUUCCUUUUUCCCCCCCUCCUCUUCAACCGAGCUUUGCUCUUGUCAUAUCUUGACCGAGGUUUAUCCUUGCAUUUUCAUCUCCGUAUGUCAGAUGGCCGUGACCAGACUUCGAGACGGGUGCGAGGGAGACACGAUUCAUUCCAUUCUACUGUACAGUUAUUAGACUUCUUUUGUUUAUUACA